UCCCGCCUUUCGCAGCGCUUGCAGUAACAAUAUGGCAGCGGCGGCUGCUAUUGGCGGCGGCGCGUUCUAAGCAGCAGCCUCGGCGGUGGCUGCGGCUGCACCGCUGGAAGCGCUCCAUCCUUUGCGCGUCCCGCUCUGCGGCGGCUCCGGCCUCCAUCGCCUGCUGCGGGGCGGCCAGGUAGUCUCACUGAAUCCAGUACAUGUACCUGGGUGAGCAAGGACCUGUUAGUGGAAGCAGAUAUUCGUACAGUGUGGACAAAGCUCCUUCAACGUGGCCACCUGGGAAUAUUCAUGGAGUAAGGUGCUACUCAGUAUGGUCUGCACAUCCUGAUGGUCACUCAGCAUCCUAGCAAAACAAUGGUUGGAAGUAAGGGAGAAGCUUUGCAAGAGAUUCAGACAUACAAUCGCAUUACGAGUUAAAGCUGUGAAGUGAAAGAUGAUACCUGUACUUCCCAUUUCCCAGGCUGCUUGUUAUGUGAACAAUCGUGUGCAGAGAUAUGUGUUGCCUUGAUAAGGAAUGCUGCAUUUGAUGUUAGCUACAUGAACUGAUGUUGUUGGACCCUCUACCUGAAGCAGCACACUCCACGAUUGCAGAGCAGGAAAACAGUUAAGGCGAUGCUCUCUCUUCGGGAUAUGGAUCCCUGCCCCGGUGUACAGACAGAUGGGGCUCACCAAAUGGAUCUAUUGUAAACAUUAGUCAACUUAUCCUCACAACAUACCUAUGAGGUUUUUGGCAUAUAGUCACAGAGACUGACGAGACGGUAAUGGAGUCGCUGAGUGGCAGGUGCUGACAGAUUCUGCAGUUCCAAUAACUGUUCAUUUUGAUAUCAUUUGCAAGUCUAUGCAUCUAAAUGCCACAGUCCUCUUGGGGAAAGUUACGCUGGAUCCCAGUGUUGCCUCCUAAGACCAUAAAACAAUGGGAAACGCAGAAAGCCAAAACGUAGAGCACCCAUUUUAUGGAGAUAAGCAUGCCAGCCUGGGGCGGAAGCACACGUCACGCUCACUCCGGCUUUCAAAUAAAGCCUCUCGACGGACCAGGCAUGCUUCUUCUGGAAAGAUUAUCCACAGGAACUCAGAAGUGAGCACUCGAUCUAGCAGUACUCCUAGCAUACCCCAGUCACUGGCAGAAAAUGGCUUGGAGCCUUUUGCCCAAGGAGCCAAUCUAGAGGACUUUGGAAGCCCCAUUUGGGUGGACAGAGUGGAUAUGGGCUUACGGCCUGUCUCUUACCACACCGAUUCUUCUGUUACUCCUAGUGUUGACAGCAGCACAGUUCUCACAGCAGCCUCCAUGCAGAGCAUGCCAGACUCAGAAGAAAGCAGACUUUAUGGGGAUGAAGCUACGUUUUUGGCUGAAGGAGAUGGCAGACAGCACCACCGUUAUUCAACAAACGGGACUUUCAUGGAGUCUGCAAGUUUCAAGAAAAAGCGUUCAAAAUCUGCAGACAUCUGGCGGGAGGAUAGCUUGGAGUUUUCACUCUCUGACCUAAGCCAGGAGCAUUUAACAAGCAAUGAAGAAAUACUAGGUUUGGGAGAGGAAAAGGAUGUUGGGGAAAUUCAAGGGACAGAAGCAAGCAACAGUCCCCAGCAGCUGGUCAGCUGCCAACGUGCCAAUUCUAUGAGUGACUUGUACUCCCCAAAAAACUCAAGUGCUACAAUAAAUGGAGGCCCACGGAACACCUUUGGGGCAUACUGUCGGAAUUUAGUGUCUGAUAUCCCAGAUAUUUUGAACCAUAAGCUGGCAUCUGCUACAGCAGAGGACACUCCUUCCUACAAUAAUUAUAAUACACUCCCCUGUAGGAAAUCUCACUGCCUUUCAGAAGGUGCCACCAACCCACAAAUGAACCAUAGCAACAGCAUGCAGGGCAGAAGGGCCAAAACCACUCAGGAUGUGAAUAUCGGUGAGGGAAGUGAAUUCACUGACAGUGGGAUUGAAGGUGCAGCCACUGAUACGGACCUUCUAUCUAGACGUUCAAAUGCCACAAACUCCAGCUACUCUCCAUCAGCCAGCCAGGCUUUCAUUGGCAGUGACAGUGGCAGCAGCUCAACAGGAGAUGGACUCCGUCAGGGAGUGUAUGAGAACUUCCGCAGGGAGCUGGAGAUGAGCACCACCAAUAGCGAGAACUUGGAGGAAGCUGGCUCUGCCCUGAGUGAUGAGCAAAGCAGUGGUACCUUGAGUUCUCCAGGACAGUCUGAUAUCCUCCUUACAGCUGCCCAGGGCACAGUACGGAAAGCUGGAGCCCUUGCAGUGAAAAAUUUCCUUGUUCACAAAAAGAAUAAGAAGGUGGAGUUGGCUACCCGUAGGAAAUGGAAGCACUAUUGGGUUUCCUUAAAAGGAUGUACAUUAUUCUUCUAUGAGACUGAUGGCAGAUCUGGAAUAGAUCAUAACAGCAUCCCAAAGCACGCCGUCUGGGUAGAAAACAGUAUAGUGCAAGCAGUGCCUGAGCACCCAAAGAAGGACUUUGUUUUCUGCCUCAGUAAUUCCCUUGGGGAUGCAUUCCUCUUUCAGACCUCUAGCCAGACUGAACUAGAGAACUGGAUCACUGCAAUUCAUUCUGCAUGUGCGACAGCAGUAGCACGACAACAUCACAAAGAGGAUACAGUUAAACUGUUGAAAACUGAAAUAAAGAAGCUGGAACAGAAGAUUGAUAUGGAUGAGAAAAUGAAGAAAAUGGGUGAAAUGCAGCUUUCCUCAGUAACUGAUUCCAAAAAGAAGAAAACCAUCCUGGAUCAGAUCUUUGUUUGGGAGCAAAAUCUUGAACAGUUCCAAAUGGACCUUUUUCGCUACCGCUGUUAUUUAGCCAGCCUUCAAGGAGGAGAGCUGCCAAACCCCAAAAGGCUGCUUGGUUUUGCAAGUCGUCCAACUAAAGUUGUGAUGGGUCGCCUUGGGAUCUUUUCUGUCUCUUCUUUUCACGCACUGGUGGCAGCUCGCACUGGGGAGUCUGGAGUGAGAAGAAGGACACAGGCCAUGUCCAGAUCUGCCAGCAAACGGAGAAGCCGGUUUUCUUCUCUUUGGGGGCUGGAUACUACCUCAAAGAAAAAACAGGGAAGACCAAGCAUUAAUCAGGUGUUUGGUGAAGGUGUUGAUUCAGUAAAAAAAUCUUUAGAGGGAAUCUUCGAUGAUGCAGCACCAGAUGGCAAGCGCGAAAAGGAAGUGGCAUUGACUAGCGUCCAUCAACAUAAUCCUGACUGUGACAUUUGGGUUCAUGAGUACUUUACACCAUCUUGGUUCAGUCUGCCAAAUAACCAGUCUGCGUUGACAGUAGUGCGUCCAGGGGACACUGCAAGAGACAUUUUAGAAAUGAUUUGUAAGACACAUCAGCUGGACCUUCCAGAUCACUAUCUGCGUCUGAAGUUCCUGAUAGAGAACCAGAUUCAAUUUUAUGUACCAAAGCCAGAAGAGGAAAUCUAUGAGCUGCUGUACAAAGAAAUUGAAAUCUGUCAAAAAAUUACGCAGCAUGUUCAGAUUGAGAAGUCUGACACUUCCUCUGAUAUUUAUGGCUUCUCAUUGUCCUCUUUGGAGGAGGAAGGGAUUCGUCGGCUCUAUGUAAGCAGUGUAAAAGAGACGGGUCUGGCUUUCAAGAAAGGCCUUAAAGUUGGUGAUGAAAUCAUUGAGAUUAACAAAAAAGUUGCUGAAGAUCUGGACUCGGCCAUGCUGAAAGAUGUUCUUGUUCAGCCUUCUCUGUGCCUUACAGUGCGUACAUAUGCCCAGAUAGAAAGGGGGCAAAAGUUAAUGCAGCUACCACCACGUCGUACCGAAAACCUGCCUGACUUGAAUGACAGUACAUUUAUGUAUAUUGGCAGCAACCAAGGGCACAUACUUUGCAGUGAACAAGACAGCUGUGCUGAGGCAGCCCCAGAAGAGACAGAAAGACAUGAUUUGGAAUCAUCCGAUGAGACGGAUAAGAUGAACAAGAGUACAGAGCAGGUUGCUGCAUUCUGUCGCAGUCUACAUGAAAUGAAUCCUUCUGACUCGAGCACUAUUCCUCAGGAAUUUACAGGGCCACAACUGGCCACCAUGAGACAACUAACAGAUGCAGAUAAACUGCGGAAGGUGAUUUGUGAACUCCUUGAAACAGAACGCACUUAUGUCAAAGACUUAAACUGUCUAAUGGAGAGAUAUCUGAAACCUUUACAAAAAGAAACUUUCCUCACUCAAGAUGAGCUUGAUGUGCUCUUUGGGAAUUUGACUGAAAUGGUAGCAUUCCAAGUAGAGUUCCUGAAGACUCUUGAAGAUGGAGUGAGGCUGGUGCCAGACCUGGAGAAGCUUGAAAAAGUUGACCAAUUUAAGAAAGUAUUAUUCUCCUUGGGCGGAUCCUUUCUUUACUACGCUGACCGUUUCAAGCUGUACAGUGCCUUCUGUGCCAGCCACACCAAAGUUCCCAAAGUACUAGUAAAAGCUAAGACAGACACUGCUUUCAAGGCUUUUCUGGAUGCUCAGAAUCCUAGACGGCAGCACUCUUCAACACUGGAGUCAUACCUCAUCAAGCCCAUCCAGCGGAUACUGAAGUAUCCUCUUCUGCUGAAAGAACUGUUUUCCUUGACUGAUGCUGACAGUGAAGAACAUUACCACCUUGAUGUGGCCAUAAAAACAAUGAAUAAAGUUGCCAGUCAUAUUAAUGAAAUGCAGAAAAUCCAUGAAGAAUACGGGGCAGUGUUUGACCAGCUUAUAGCAGAACAGACAGGGGAAAAAAAAGAGGUUGCAGAUCUUUCUAUGGGAGACUUACUUUUGCAUAAUACUGUCAUCUGGCUUAACCCUCCUUCAUCACUGGGAAAAUGGAAGAAGGAGCCUGAGUUAGCAGCAUUUGUUUUCAAAACUGCUGUGGUACUUGUAUACAAGGACGGUUCCAAGCAGAAGAAGAAACUUGGAGGAUCACACAGGGCUUCAAUUUAUGAAGAUUGGGACCCAUUUCGUUUUCGUCACAUGAUACCCUUAGAAGCUCUGCAGGUUCGAGCACUGGCAAGUGCAGAUGCAGAGACCAAUUCUGUUUGUGAAAUUGUCCAUGUUAAAUCUGAAUCUGAAGGUAGACCAGAGAGAACAUUUCACCUCUGCUGUAGUUCUCCAGAACACAGAAAGGAUUUUCUGAAGGCCGUGCACUCAAUUCUGCGUGAUAAACACAGAAGGCAGCUCCUUAAAACUGAAAGUUUGCCCUCAUCUCAGCAAUAUGUUCCUUUUGGAGGAAAAAGAUUGUGUGCUCUAAAAGGUGCAAGGCCAGCCAUGAACAGGGCAGUGUCAGCCCCAAGCAAGUCUCUUGGGAGGAGGCGGCGGCGGCUGGCCCGAAACAGGUUUACCAUUGACUCGGAUGCCGUCUUCACAAGCAGCCCAGAAAAAGAGUCUCAGCAGCCUGCAACCAGUGGGGACACUGACCGCUGGGUAGAGGAACAGUUUGACCUUGCUCAGUAUGAGGAGCAGGAAGACAUCAAAGAAACGGAUAUCCUCAGUGAUGAUGAUGACUACUGUGAGGCUGUGAAAGGUGCUGUGGUUGACAAGGAACUCCAGGAGCGGUUGCAGGCAGCUUCAAUCACAAGCAGUCAGUCAUGUCGGGGGGAUAAGCUGCGGCCUGCCAUGGAUACACAUGCUUCCAGGAUGACUCAGCUGAGGAAGCAAGCUGCUUUGUCUGGAAUCAAUGGUGGUCUGGAAAGCAAUAGUGAAGAAGUCAUCUGGGUUAGGCGGGAAGACUUCGUACCUAACAGAAAACUAAACACAGAGCUCUAACUUUGUUGCUUUUUCAUCAGGUGGUUUGUGUAGAUAGGUAUUUCCCCCUGCAGACGCAUGUGUACGUGCAUGUGCACGUGUACACACACACGCACAUUCUCUCUCUCUCACACACACACACACACACACACACACACACACACACACACUCCCUCCCCCUCCCCCCAUGGCAGGUAAUCCCAGAUUGCACACUUGCACACAGUUCGGCAGCUGCACUAGUCUGAAGCCAUGCAGCCACGUUCUAGGUAAUUUUAAAAAGUGAAAAAUCUGAAAUGGAACACACUUGAGGUCAUGUCUGUAUAUUGCCAAGGGCUUUUAAAAGAUUUUAUUUAUUCUAAAAUAAUCAGGGCUGAAUAUUAAAUAUGGGGAGUAUAUCAUCACUGGAAAAAUGUAACUGUGGGUGUCGUAAGUACAUGCAGCAAACUAGCUUAAACAAUAGCACAAAGAACAGAGAGGUUUUAUAUCUAUGAAAUGCUAAGGAGCUGAACCGAUGAAAGAAACUGCCUUUUUAAUCUGUACAGUUGCAGUAUUCUUAAUGCUUUCCCUCUUAAAUGUAAGAAUAUACAUGUAUUUUAGGAAUGUGUGAGGAAAGAUUUUGGAUAUAUCUUGUGAGUCUUUUUGGUCUGUAGCUGUUAUAACUUCAAUGUCAAUGUUGGAAGUUCUAGUUUUACAUAAAAUUGUAAAGAUGCCAAACUCUCUUGAAAGAGAUCCAAAUUUAACACUUGAAAAGAUAUUUUUUGUAUUUUAACUGAGAUGCAGGGACACAAGGGGAUAAAUUUUUUAGUGUUAGUUGAGCUCCAGAUCUAGGAUAUGAGGCAGAGGGGAAGGUAUGGCGGUUUUAUCUUAAAUUAAGGUAUCAACAGGAAACUUUAAUUUUUUUUUUCUUCAGAGUCUAGAUAACUGUAUAUGCUUGGGACUGGAGUUGAGUUAGAUCUAAAACAUACCUGAAUUUAGGUGGACUAAACUAAUCUGUGGUGUAACUGAAUUGACUUCAGUGCAGCUACACUGGGGAUGAAUUUGGGCUGCUAUGUCUGACAGAGUUUGGGGGUGGGGGGAGGGUUUUUCAUGGCCAAAAACUGACCUCAUCCAACUCCUUAGUGUGGAUGAAACUAGUGUAUAGUAAUUUCUUUGUAAAGAUUUUUUCCACUGCAAUAGAAUAUGAACAAGUUAUAAACAAGCAAACCUCUUAAACAUUUUAAACCUUUUAUUUAAUAUCUAAAAACAGGGUAAAAUACAACUAAAAUCUAGUGGUUUUUAAGUAGAUUUCCAAAUGCUAAAACCAAGCACUUUUUUUUAAAAAGAGAAAACAAAAAAGAUUUAUAUAGCUUUCCCAUUUCAGUUUCACCUACAAAAAAGGAAGAUUAUAUGAAAAAUUUUGUAUCUACUGAUGUUUGACACAUUAGUAGGUACUUUGAAAACCUGAAAUUUUAUAAUAGCUUUAGGAUUAUAUUUUAUAAAAUCAGCUGUGACUAUAUUUUGAAACAUAACAGAAAUUGUUCCCUAAAAACACACAUCAACUGUCUUGUGCCCCGACUAGCAUUUUUCUCUUUCUUCUUUCCAGUGUACUAUAUAUAUUUGAUCUUUUGAAAGCUUUCUUCUGGUAACCUUUUGCUAUCUUCUGAUUUUCCUUUCCUAAAAGCUUUAGAAAAGUUUCUAUACACUUUGUAUCAUUGCUUCAUUGUUUUAUAUCAUGAGUCAAUUGUGUCCCAACUUAUUAGAAAAGCAGAGGUUUUAGCUGUCCUAUGCUGUACCCAGUGGAAUACAGUCUGUUGUGAAAUACUGGAAGUCUGGUGCUUGGAAGGUGCCAUUGUUCUUGUACAUAAUGUCAUGACAUGUCUAUGUCAAAGGUUCUUAUAUAUUUCUUUUAUAAGCUGAAAGAAGGUCUAUUUUUAUGUUUUUAGUUCUAUGAAUGGAACGUUGUAAAUGCCUGUCAAACAAUAAAAUACUGGAAAAAUCUGAA